AGAAUUCUUUCCUUUCUUCUUUUCUUCAAGAGGAAGUAUUCAAAUCGUCUAGUUUCUAAACAAAACUCCUUUUCAAGACAUUCGCGGUCGUACUAAGCACUCAACUUUCAUAUAUAUAUAUUCUCUUUCUCUGAUUGCUUCUGUGCGGGUCUCCUCUGCGCUCCACCUCUCCACUGCAAAGCGCUACGUAAGUAUCCUUGACCCCAGGGAGAGGAAAGCAGGAUUCACAGCAAAGAAAAGGAAAGAAAAGAGAGCUGCGGAAAAGUAAUCCAAAGCGAAGUAUAGAGACUUGAUCAGUCGAUUGAGCAUUCUUUACCAUCUCUUUCCCCCUUUUUUAAGUUGAUUCUUCAUCUCAGCUGAUUGCAUUCACCAAAAAGCACACAUGCUCCGUUUGUGCGCUGCAUUGCGCGCAGCCAGCGCACUCAGGCAGCCGCACUUGUUCCACAUUGACUUCUCCGCAAAGCACAUGCCAGGCCGCCUCUACUUCGCUGACCGUGCUGCCAAGUCCACUUCACAAGAACCCAACUUCGUCUGCCUUGAUAACGCCAUGGCUUGCCAGUCUGCCGAUUCGAAUGCCGCCGUCCUAAUAAGAAGUGGCGCGCCGAAAGACGAUGAGCUCCUUCAAACGGGCUGCAUGCGGUUUCAGGGUGGCGGCGCCGCAUUUGUUUUCCGUCACCACCGUCUUCUUUUUCAGGGCAUCGGCGACGCUGCCGUGCAGACCCACGAGGUGUCUCUCCACCACGACGACAUCUUUGCGCUCGUGAGUGGCAUGCACCGACAAGAGGACAUCGACGCCUGGGUUCGCGCUGUUGAAACGGCCACCGUGGAGGGUGACGUCGAGUACGUUGCGGAAGAGAUGUUGCUCCAGAUGCGAUGCGUGACAGAGGGUUGCACGUCCGUUGUCGCGCGGGUCUCUAAGUUCUCUACCGGAUUGCCGGAGCCGCCAUGUUGCUCGCAAGCUCUCUAG